AUGGGGUUUGGCCCCGCCUUCAAUGGUGACUUCCCGGAGUCACUCUACCCAUUCUACCCUCUUGCCAAAGAAGCCUUGCCAUUCGAUUUCAUCACUACCGAUUGGACCGCAUAUCCAAAGGACAUCCCAAAUCGGCUUUGGCACAAGCCUGACAAGCAGUACGUUCAAUGGGUCAAUCUCAUGGCGGCCGUGAAGGAGGGACUGUGGAAGGAGGUAGGGAUCUACGAAGCCCUCAUGCUCAACUGUCAUCUCAUCGACAUGGACAAAGCCCUAUGUUCCUUUUUCACCGGCCUUCGCCCCCACGAGGUUAGGGCCGAUUGCUUUGUUUCACAGAAAACCCCAUCUUUCAUAUACCUUAAAUCGGCCCAAUUGGCCUACUCUAACUUCUUGAAAUGCUUCGCUGGUGAAAAAGGAGAGGAAGUCAUCGAAGAGGAACACGUGGCUCUCUUUAUUUACUGGCUGAACAAAUGUAUCUUUUGUGUUUCUUCGAGUAGAAUUACCAAGGAAUUCACUGAUAUUGCUAAGGCCUUGGCUUCGGGCCAGAAAUUGGCCCUAGCCCCGCUAGUCCUUGCACAUUUAUACCGUGGCAUGCAGGAGCUGUUAACAAACAAAUUUGCCUUUGCCCCCGGCCUUAUUUGGAUUGUCACCCUUUGGCUGUGGUCGUAUUUCCCCACGUUGGCCCCAAAAAUGAACAAGAACCCCACACAUGCAUGUUACGGCCGUCACUACAUGGGUCAAGAACUCCAAUUACGCGAUUUUAACUCCUGCUUCACCUACUUUUACCUUGAACUAACCACUUUGGGCAAGGGCUAUAUGCCAUUUGAAAGGGAAAUAGUACCUCUUUGGCUGAAAAACCCCGCCGGAGAGCCUGGAGAGGACUUUGAUGAGCACAAGGAGGUCUGGGCCAGCUUCUUUAUUUUGAGAGAUUUGUUAUAUGGCAUGGGUAUGUCCUCGGCCAACAACAGGUGUGGGACGGAGUACUACAACGCUGCCCAAUUUGCUCGCCAAUUCGGGCUUAUGCAGCUCAUUCCAAUUCCCCCAUAUCUGUCUUGCAACAAGGACUUCAUUGAUAGAGUCAUCGUACCAGAAAAGACCGUAGAGACCAUCCGGAACCAAUUUGCUAAGGAUGAGGCCACCUUUCAGUUAAGGCCUUACCUUGAACGCCCAGAAAAGUCUCUUAGAUUUGAAAAGUGGUGGGCAGCAUAUGUGAACAAAUACUUUGACAAAGACCUAGAUGAGGUUUUGGCAAAAAUUACCCCUGUUGCUAUAAUUGUUAAAGAUGUUGAUCUAGUCAAGAAGAAAACCUCUCGCUCUAAGGGUCCCUCUCCAUCCGCAAGCUUGAAAAGGAAAGGUGCACAAGAAGUUAUCAAACCUAAACCAGUGGGAACCCCACAGAAGAAAAGGCUCAAGAAGCUAUCUGACAAGAGACCAACAACUGAGAAGACUGCUGCCAUUGCUGGUAGGACCCGAAGCAGCACCAAGACUAGCUCCCCUGAACAGGUUAAUCUUUCUGCCAAGCCUACCUCGGAAGGCUCUCGAAUCAACCUUGAGCAUGAGGCUUCAUCCCGAACCCCUGAGAAAUCCAAGGCUUCUCCAAUCAAUCUUGACCCAACACCUAUCCAAAAAGAAGAGAUUGUUGAAGAGGCAGCUGACGAGGACAUCGAGGAUUUCUUCAAAACUGCUGCUAGCCUCGUACAAGUGUCCCUCUCGGGCAUUUCUUGA